UUCAAUGAAGGUGUGUGGAUGUCGAAUAGAAAGCGAAAUCACCGUUUAGCAGUGAUUCAUGAGCAUUGUUUUCAACUAGCAGAAACUAUAAUAAGUGAGAACACAGAUGUAGACGUGUGGCGUACUUCCUGAGUCGGUUGUUGUGGAAAACGAGAUUUUAUCCAACAAAAGAUUAAAACUGCGAAAAAAUAGACAGGUAAUUACGUCCCAUGGCACAGUGUAGUCUCAUGCAGUCCCGCGCCAUUGUCCAUUCCCUCUCUGGCAAUAGCCGUGGUCCUCGCUCAAGUGAAAAUUAUGGGAAAGUGAAGUUAUCGUCGCGGCAACCCCUCAGCACGGCGGAUUUUUCCGGUACGCGGAGGUGGGAGAGGAGCAGCAGUGUCCUGAAGAGCGCAUUGUCAGUGGGAGUUCUGCCUUGCCUGUUUAUAAAUAGCAUUGAUAUCCGAGGGUGACCAUGGGGCGAGUGUUUCGUACGUUGACCCUCACGACGAUUCUUGUUACGGUGGCCACGCUACUCUGGAUCGCUUAUUAUCGUUCGUUUCCUGUCUUCUUCCCGGAGAAAAAGAGAAGACCGGAUCUUGGGACAAGAACGAGUACCUUUUUCCCUAGUCUGUCGCAGGAGUGCUUCGCCUACAAUGCCACCAGUGCGGAAAAUACUUGUUGUCACAUGAUGAAUUUUAUUUCCGUGGACGACAUUCGACGGUGUAUCCUCGGUGUGACGAGCAUACCCGAAACAUCACUUCCACCUGAUCGACGAACAUAUACUAAAGAAUGGACACAGAAGAACAAGGAAGAACAGAGAGGGAUAUUCACGGAGAGCGGUUCAUCGAUCAUGAUUCACAAUAACACUGUGAACUGGGCUUUCAUAGGAGACUCCCAUACGCGUUAUCUGGUCUGCGCGAUUUUAAGUCUCAUGAAAGGUCCUGACUUUCAGUGUCGAAUAUCUGAAUUCCAGGGGAAAUGGAAGAAUAUAGAUUACUUUCUGGACAAGCUGCCAAGGUGUCGGUAUAAGGGCGAAUUUAUCAUGCUUCGUCACGUCCAUUCGCCCUUCACGUUAACAUACUACCAAGACGUUUAUUUGACGAACUUGCCAAAGCUGGUGAAGCUGUGGGAGGCGGAAGAACGACCGAAGCCCACUUUCGUCGUAAUGAACACAGGAAACCACUGGAUGCGGUAUCUCGAGUCCACCUACCUGGAGAAAGGAGUGGAAGCAGCGGGGAAAAUAUUCGAGAAACACCUGCAGAGCAUCGUACCUGUAAUCUCCCGUCUCGCCCGCACAACACCUGUCAUCUUCAAAAUGCAAGAUGAUCUUCAGGUGGCUUAUAUCGAAAAACCAAAAGUAAAAUCUUUCACCGUCGACAACAUCCGAAAGUACAACGCCCUCUAUAGGCAAGCACUGAAGAAGACCGGCGUCGUGUUCUGGGACAGCACUUUGCCUCUCUCCCGCGCAUACAACCAAGAAUGUCUCAAGAACCCAAGACACUUCAGAGACACGCUGUGGUGGAUGUGUAAGGACGUGGUUCAUGUGGGGUAUAUUCUGGUCCGUCAGUAUGCCGACAUGGUUCUCAAUGCUGCUUGUGGUCGACGUAUGAGCAACUGCAGCUGAAACCGUUAUUUUCUUGGUGUUUUCAGUGACCAUUUAUCAUUUUAAAUUAUUUAUCCAUAUCAUGUGUAUACAACUACCUUACCUGAAGAUCUAAUUCUUCAUAAUGUUUCUGUUACCUUCACACAACUUUCAACGUUACCAAUUUAAGAUAUGGCUCACGGUAAUCUCAUAAUUCACCGUGGAAUGGCUUCCAUUACUGAUAGUAAUAAACAUGGGUAAAUAUGGAGCCAUUAAUGUAUAUUCUUAAAAUGUACUUCUGGUUUAUCGCUAAAUAAGUUUAGUUUCUUCCUUCCUUUGGACGUAACGUGAUAUAUAUCUGAGAGAGUAUAUUACAAACAUUGAUUUCCGCUAGGAUGGAGUCAGUCUGUUUUCUUAAAAUAUAGUGGAGGAAACUUAAUACAAUAAUUUGACAAACGCUCUCUUCCUGUUAAUAUCAUAUUUUUAUUCAUCAUCAAAUCAUCAUCGUCGUCUUUACCAUCGUCAUUAUAUCAUUAUUAUGACUAUUUCUACUACAACGUUAUUGCUGAGUUAUUCUUAACAUUUCCUUAACAAUCGUUGUAAUAAUCAUUACAAUGAAAUCAAUAACAGCUAUAAACAUAACCCUUAUUACAACAGAUAUAUGAAGAUUGUUUUUUUUUACGUAUAGACAGACUAGAGCGGAGUGAGUUUUGCGCAUUUUGAAACAGUAUUCCAAGUUGUCAUAGUGCUCUAAUUUGAAAAAAAAGAGGAAAAAUAUCACCAUACAAAUGACCAAUCAACCUCUUUUUGGGGAGACGAACCGUAUAUGGAGCCUUAUAGAAUUAGCCGUCAGACACAAUAAAGCAACAUAUAUUUAGCACACUGAUACAUCAAGACAACAUAUACGUAAGGUGUAAACAGUCGAAGGUUCAAACACGUGAAACUAUCAAAUAACUAAACUAGUGCUUCAAACAAAAGAGGUCUCGAAAGCGACCCUUUUAACACGCUAUCUUUAUACUUAAGUUUGUACAAACGCCUAGGGCCACUCUAAAAAAAAAAGAAA